UGCCCGGCUGCGCCCCGCUCCCCGCUCCGGCCCGCACGGUCCCUCCCGGGGGCGCGAAGCCACCAUGCAGCUGCAGUUCCGGAGCUGGCUGCUGGCUGCGCUCACGUUGCUGGUGGUCUGCCUCAUCUUCGCGGACAUCUCGGAGAUCGAGGAAGAGAUCGGGAAUUCCGGAGGCAGAGGUGCAAUCAGAUCGGCCAUGAACAGCUUACAUAGCAAAUCUAAUAGAGCUGAGGUUGUAAUAAAUGGCUCCUCACCGCCAGCUGCUGUUGACAGAAGCAACGAGAGCAUUAAACACCACAUCCAGCCGGCCUCUGCCGCGUGGAGGCACAACCGGACACUGACUCUGAAGAUCAGGAAACAGAUCUUGAAGUUCUUGGAUGCCGAGAAGGACAUUUCCGUCCUCAAGGGGACCCUGAAGCCCGGGGACAUCAUCCACUACAUCUUCGACCGAGACAGCACCAUGAACGUGUCCCAGAACCUGUACGAGCUGCUGCCCAGGACCUCACCGAUGAAGAACAAGCACUUCCGGACCUGCGCCAUCGUGGGCAACUCGGGCGUCCUGCUGAACAGCGGCUGCGGGCAGGAGAUCGACACGCACAGCUUCGUCAUAAGGUGCAACCUGGCCCCCGUGCAGGAGUACGCCCGGGACGUGGGGCUCAAGACGGACCUGGUGACCAUGAACCCUUCGGUCAUCCAGCGUGCCUUCGAGGACCUGGUCAACGCCACGUGGCGGGAGAAGCUGCUCCAGCGGCUGCACAGCCUCAACGGCAGCAUCCUGUGGAUCCCCGCCUUCAUGGCCCGGGGCGGCAAGGAGCGCGUGGAGCGGGUCAACGAGCUCAUUCUCAAGCACCGGGUCAACGUGCGCACUGCGUACCCGUCCCUGCGCCUGCUGCACGCCGUCCGCGGAUACUGGCUGACCAACAAGGUCCACAUCAAGAGACCGACCACCGGCCUCCUGAUGUACACCCUGGCCACGCGCUUCUGCAACCAGAUCUACCUCUACGGCUUCUGGCCCUUCCCGCUGGACCAGAACCAGAGCCCCGUCAAGUACCACUACUACGACAGCCUCAAGUACGGCUACACCUCCCAGGCCAGCCCCCACACCAUGCCCUUGGAGUUCAAGGCCCUCAAGGGUCUGCACGAGCAGGGCGCUUUGAAACUGACUGUCGGCCGGUGUGACGGAGCCACGUAAGCGGGCUCCCGGCGGGACGCGGUGGCUCACAGUCUCCUGCCAGUUACGCCACGGGCAGAUAUGGGAGUCGGGGUGGCACAAACUCUAGAAACAAGCAGGCUAGUGGUUUUCUUUGUUCAAGUGUAAAACAGUGACCAGAAUAUAUAUAUAGAUAUAUAUAUAUCUCUACCUGCAUAUAUAUAUUGACCUGAGUAUGUAUGACUGUAUGGUGUUCAGCUAGCAUUAGGCAGAUAAGCCACAGGAAGAAGGUAUGGAGAACCCGCCGGAAUGGAGACCCAUCUCUGGGGGGAUGAGAAGAAGCCAGUGCCAUGACUUUGGAUGACAGACUGACUGCCUCCUGGGUUGGAGGGAUCUUCGGGCUCAUGGGCCUGAGCCUCUGAGACACGUGGGUUCUGGGUGAGCCAAGACCUGAGGGGACAACGUGACCCUAGUCUAAACGGUGCCGUUCACGGAGGAGUAGGAGGUCGGACCGAUCAGCUGGGCAGAGGAGCAUGCAGAUGCCAAGAAGCAGGGGCCACGUCCGAGUUGAAGGCGAGGGAUGAACCGCAGGUGGCCCGCCUGCCCCAGACAGGCUUCAGCAGCUACGGAGAGAUGGCCAGAGAAGACACGACAGACGGUUUAUGCUCUGGCUUCGAGAGAACCCCCGCGCACCCGGGACGGAGCAGGCAGAGGACAGCGGAGAGCAGGGGUGUUGCAAAUUGUGCUUUUGGAAAACUGCAACCUACCGCUAGGGGGCGGCACUCCCGCCCCGGAACAGACCAGGAGAGGGUCCCAAAUAUUGCUGCAGUGGGUGUUCUCAAA